UGUUCGCUUGUAAUAUUGGAAAUCGUCAGUACAUUUGCACACGCGACCCGAUGCGACAAGAAGCGCGCUAUUUUAUUCUUGAUUAAUUAAUCCGAUACGAGAGAUGUGUUCUUGUUCCCGGUGUUUUUGAUAUGUGAGUGCGGUUUAAGAUGCAAUGAGAUGAUGGCAUGUGGGACUUCACUGUGGUAACUCGGUGCAGUCGGCACUAUGUGGACGUUUCUCUGCUAUUUUACGGUCCUCGCAGCGUGGAUCUUCGCCUUCGAAAAGCGCAUCUUCGAUGUAACAAACCUGCCUGUCCAAAGUAUCAUCAUCAAAGCGGGCGAAAACAAAUCUCUUGCUUGUCCUGGAGUAAACGAACACUCUUUAGUGAUAGCCUUAGAAUGGCUCUCUCUAACUCACAACGUCAAGCUGGUGGAGUUCAUGAGUGAUUCUACAACGGUCUGGGUUAAUCAGCAUCGCAUUGCACUUCUUCCUGAUACUUUCGGAUUAAGUUUUCAUCCCGCAAUUGCCGAGGACAGUGGUGACUAUGUUUGUUUAGUUAAUAGCAGACCCAAACCGGAUGGCAUCGUUCGUCUCAUAGUGCAAGAUGUGCCUGAUGCGCCGGGUCGCCCUCUUAUCGUCAGCUUUACAUCUAGGUCGGUCAACCUCUCAUGGGCCCCCUCGCAAGACACGCACCACAGUCCAAUCACUCACUAUAUCAUCCACACUCGGGUUGGCGAGAACGGCGAAUGGAAUGUGAUAGAUGAAAUUCUUACUCCGAACAACGAGAGCAGUUACCAAGUUACAAGCUUGCACCCUUACACAGUGUACAGUUUCAGGGUGGUAGCAGUGAAUGCGAUGGGGGCCAGUCAGCCAAGCAAAGAGUCCUAUUACAUGGUUACACUUCGAGAGGCUCCCGCGGGAAAACCGACGAUCACAACUGCGCAUAAUACCUCGUCGACAGCAUUACACAUCAGCUGGCGACCUCCUCACCAUGAGACCAUCCACGGCGAAUUUUUGGGCUACCGUAUAGCAUAUCGGCCGAGGGACAGAGGAGAUGAAGCUUUCAAAGAGAUAUACAUCCGGGACCCGAAUGUAGAGAGUCACACUAUACAAAAUUUGGAGACCUACACCCAGUAUCUGGUUUCGCUCCAGGUAUUCAACCCCGAAGGACCCGGGCCCAAUACUACAGUCUUGGUCAUGACCGACGAAGGAGUGCCUAGCAAGCCGCGAGAUCUUACUGUUUUGGAAGUUUCCUCUAAUACCAUCAUGCUCAGAUGGACCCAACCUGAAAAACCCAAUGGGGCCAUAGAAGGAUACAGAGUUUAUUACAUGUAUAACAACUAUACGUCAGUUGACAUGAACAGAGAUAGAAUUAAACCUGUAUCGCCUUAUAUCACAUACAACUUAACCAACUUAAAACCAUAUACUGAAUACAAAAUAUGGGUUAAGGCAUUUACCAGGAACCACGAGGGAGAACCAUCUGAUCCUAUAUUCAAUACAACUGAUAUCAGCGGGCCAAGCUCACCAAAAUUAUUAAACCUAACUUGCCAAACCCAAGAUACGAUAUUUUUCCAGUGGGCCAGACCAGAACAUUUUUAUUACUCUAUUGAUUAUUAUUAUAUUUAUAUUUAUUUAAAUGAUCGCAUUUGGAAGAACAUCUCUAUUGAAAGCUCCAAGGAGCAUCUAGAAACCUCGUACUCUGUGGAGAACGUAACAACGAACACCGAGUACCAAGUCCAGGUGCAGGCUUCUACGAGGAGCAACCGUACUAAGAGGAUAGUCAGGGGUCCUUUAUCCGAGCCCAAGACCGUUUACAUGCGUUCCGACUGCGAUAAAAUGCAAGAAUACAUGCGUCACACAACUCAUGAGUUGAGUGCUGGCGUACUAGCUGGUGUGAUUUGUGCCAGCUUUGCGUUUUUAUUGGCCGUAUCAGCUUUUAUUCUCUGGAGCGCGCAUCCUGUUUAUUUCAGAAAAUGCUUUCGCGUCUCUUACUAUUAUUUGGACGACCCCCCUUGUUCGGUUCCAACGGCUUCGCUGGACUGGAAUGCGCCCCCUGACGGGAACAGUGAGCAUAAAGGAGCCAUCCCGGUGCACCUCUUCCCUAAACACGUCGCCGAGCUGCAUGCUGAUGGGGAUAUCGGGUUUAGUAAAGAGUAUGAGGCUAUUCAAGCUGAGGCCACGACUGAUGAACACACUUCGGAACAUUCACAGCAUCCCGACAAUCGUGUUAAAAAUAGAUAUCUCAACAUAAUUGCUUAUGAUCAUAGUAGAGUUCAACUGCUCCAAAUGCCAGGACAGAAGAAAAAUAUCGAUUAUAUUAAUGCCAAUUAUAUUGAUGGGUUUCAAUGGUCCAAAGCUUAUAUAGGCACGCAAGGGCCACUGCCAUCGACGUUCGAUUGUUUCUGGAGGAUGGUGUGGGAGCAGAGAGUUAAUAUUAUCGUUAUGAUAACUAAUUUAGUGGAAAGGGGAAGAAGAAAAUGUGAUAUGUAUUGGCCCAAAGAAGGAACAGAAACAUAUGGUGUUAUCCAAGUUAAGCUAGUCAAAGAAGACAUUAUGGCAACUUAUACAGUGAGAACGUUGCAAAUUAAACAUCUUAGGGUAAGCCAGUUGAAUUGUGUAACACAUUUGAAACUUUCUCUUCAUCAGAUUAAGAAAAAGAAAGCAGCAAUGGCAGAGAAGUUAGUGUAUCAGUAUCACUAUACUAAUUGGCCUGACCAUGGCACACCGGAUCAUCCACUCCCAGUGUUACAUUUUGUUAAAAAAUCAGCAGCAGCCAAUCCUCCAGAUGCAGGACCAAUUAUAGUUCAUUGCAGUGCUGGUGUUGGUAGAACUGGCACUUAUAUAGUUCUAGACGCAAUGCUCAGACAGAUUCGUAGUCGGGGUGAAGUGAAUAUUUUCGGUUUCUUGCGCCACAUCCGUUCCCAAAGAAAUUUCUUGGUACAGACUGAAGAACAGUACAUAUUUAUCCACGAUGCCCUAGUUGAGGCAAUUGAAUCUGGAGAAACGAAUAUAAGCCGCGAGCAAUUCCCUCGUUAUGUUCAAAUGCUACAGAAUUUAAACUCUGAAGAAAAAAGUCAGUUGUGGAAACCAAUUGACGUUCAGUUUAAAUUAGUCACGAGUUUUCAAUGUAAAGACUUCAAUCUUGUUUCGGCAAAUAAAGUGAUAAAUCAGCCAAAGAAUAGGACUGCAAAUAUUUUGCCUGUGGAAAGUUCCCGUGUACAUUUAACUCCGAAACCGGGCGAAGAUGGUUCUGAUUACGUCAAUGCUACUUGGAUGCAAGGGUUCCACAGUUUACGUGAAUUCAUAAUAACGCAACAUCCACUCAAAACUACAAUUAAGGACUUUUGGCAAAUGGUCUGGGACCAUAACGCACAAACCAUUGUGAUGCUUAGCAUUAUUGAUAAUCAAGAAUUUGAGGUGUUUUGGCCUAUGGAUCAAGAAACAGUCGAUGCAGAAAGCUAUAAAGUUAAAUUAGUUAACGAACAAGCACAAUCGACUUACGUUACAAGAGACUUUACAAUGCAAUCGCUUCAAGACGAUUAUGAAAUACCUGUCAAGAUGAUUCAUUGUACUAAUUGGCCACAUCACUGCUGCAGUAUUGCCGAGAUUUAUCAUCUACCAAAUACAGUUUUGGAUAUGGGGAUCCAGAAUGGACCUAUUGUCGUAGUUGACAGGUUUGGUGGUACCGAGGCGGCGUCUUUUUGCGUAUUAACAACGUUGAAGAAACAUUUGAUGUACGAUAAUCACGUGGACGUGUACAUGUACGCGAAAUUGUAUCACAAUAAAAGGCCUGGGAUCUGGGGUUCCUGUGAUGAUUAUUUGAGGCUCCAUUUAGCAGUUCAAACGUUAUGUAGUCCGCCAGAGGGCACGCCCGACUUGUACGCAAUGACAAAUGGGGCGUUGAAUGGAUCUUUGUCAAAUGACUGUGUGAGAGUACCUCCUGAAGAAGCUCCUCUAAUAUCCCAGGAUGUUAUGAAGUGUAACUGAUAAUGAUUUCACUUGAGUUCGCACUUUUGCAUAUUUUUGUUAUUGUAAGUGGACAAUAGUGCUUCAAAAGGAAAGGGUACUAAGUUCUCAGUUGAUGUUGAUAGAGCCAAGUGAAAUAAUGUGAUGCACUAUACCGACUAUUCGUUUAUUACAAUUAUUUGCCUCCAAUAGACUCAAGAUGUAUAAAAAUGUAGUUAAGUGUAAAAAGAUAUGCGUGAACAUGAAUCAGAUAUUUAUAUAAUAUGUGCAGUGUAGAAUAAUUCAGUAUUUAUGUAAGUGUAUAGACUUAGUUUUUGUAUGAUAUUGAUUUGUAAGAAGAGUACAUCGAUCAUGUAAAACAUUUUGACUUGUUCUGGACCAAUUUAGUGAUUAAAUAUAAAUUCUCAAGGUCCUUCAAGACAUGACUGCUCACAACGUCUUGCAAGGUGUCUACUGACAUUGGCAUGGCUCUUCUCAUUUUAUACUGUAGCAACGGCUUAUUGAAUAGAAUAGUAUCCGUCCACCAGGCGAUGUGUCACUCAACCCAACUCACUAGACACCUUUCAAGUCGUUAUAUCAUGUCCAAAACAUAUACAUAUAUAUAUUUUGGAUGGCGCAUUCUUAUUAGGAACUGUUCAAUUUUAAUUAAAUUUCAACUUGUUGAAAUUUACUUGGUUUUACUAUUUUUAAAUUAUAUUAUUUUUUCUAAUUACGCGACAAGUUGAUAUUUAAUUGUAUGCGAGAUUAUUAAGGAGUGUCAAUAUACCAUCAUUUUUAAAGCAAAUUUAUUUUAUUUUAACUGCAUUGAAUCUUUAUAAUAUUUGUGAUGAUCAAACUGUAGUACUCUUUAAAAAAACGUUUUUCAUCACCUUGUGUAUGUUGCAUUAUAUUUGUGUUAAAUAAAA